AUGAAACUUCUCAAACAUGAGAUCAUUGACGCAGACACGAGAGACGCGAGAGUAAUCCUAGGGCCAGACCUCGAAAAGGCCUUCGAUAACUUAUCGCAUGACUACAUACUCGAUACAAUCUCUAACCUCGACCUCGGCACUAGACUCUACGCUUAUACAAAACCGUUCCUGAGCGACAGAACGGCCACCCUUCGUCUAGGAGAAAUCAAGUCCCAGAAAUUCAAACUAGGCCGCAAGGGCACCCCGCAAGGCUCUGUCAUCUCUCCGACGCUUUUUAAUCUUGCGCUAGCCGGCCUAGGCAAUAGACUGGAUCAAAUCGAGAACGUCAAAUACACCAUAUACGCAGAUGACGUAACGCUGUGGAUCCCCGGAGGUAGCCUGGGAUCAGUUGAGAACGCGCUACAGCAAGCGAUCGACGCCAUUGAGGAAUACCUCGCUCCCACGGGUCUGCGAUGUUCGCCCGCUAAGUCGGAGCUCCUCGUCUAUAACCCAUCGAGAAGCGGUCCCAAGCCAAAGAGCGAAAUCAGAGACACACACGCCAUUACUCUCAGAACAAAAGACGGAGGAACCAUUCCGCACGUCAGCAAAAUCGGAGUUCUCGGCAUGCUCAUUGAGAGCAACGGCUCUAACGCCGCGACUGUGGCGAAGAUCGCCACAAAGUCGGAUAACGCCAUGAAUCUGAUACGACGCGUAGCGAACAGACAACACGGCCUUAAGGAAGAAAAUCUACUCAAGUUCACAAACGCCUUCGCGCUAUGCCACUUCACCUACGAGGCGGCCAUGCACAAAUGGAAGGUAGCGGAGAAGGACAAACUCAAUGCGCAACUGAGGAAGCUAGUCAAACUAGCACUGGGAAUCCCAAAGAGCACCGGGACAGAGCUCCUGCUGCAACUGGGGGUACACAAUACACUUGAAGAAAUCGCCGAGGCUCAAGAACGGGCACAAUUGUCAAGACUCUCUAGAACCAAACAGAGUAGAAAAAUCCUAGCCAAACUAGGUCAUGACACCACAGCAAUCGAGAAUUUAUAUGAAAGUGUUCCGACGGACACACGCAAAUCCUACACGGUUCGCCCACUCCCGCGCAACAUGAACCCCGCGCACCAUCAACCCAGAAGGCUGGCACGCGGAUCGUUCAUUCUGCGCGAAAUACGUGAUAAGAAGAUCCAAGCCUGUUUCGUAGACGCGGCACAGUACCUGUCCAGGCAGGCCUUCGUUGCCAUCACGGUCAGUAAGCAAGGUCAAGUCACAAACGCUCUCACAGUCAAGACCCACAAGUCCGAGAUAGCAGAACAGGUCGCGAUCGCACUCGUACUCACAGACCCGACCACCACCCACGUCUACAGCGAUUCACGCUCGGCCGUCAAAGCCUUCCAGAAAGGCGCCGUUGCAAGACAAGCACUACAUAUAAUCAAUACAUCCGCACCGCUGCAGCAUCACACCAUCUGCUGGUUCCCGGCACACCUCGGAAAGAUCGAGGACGCCCCUCCCAAUCUCAACGAGCCUGAAGCCCGUAAUAGCUUCACUGUGGUCAAUGGCCAAACAGAGCGGUUCGAGAUAAAGUGCGAACAGCAAAGGUGA